UCAGAUAUAUGUAGAUAUACAAUGAAAUACAUUUUCAGUCACUUAUGUUGCCGGAUUAUAUGUUUUUAAAUCUCACUUACUGCACUAUGUAAUGUUUUGUAUGCCUUCACGAGAUCUCUUGGCAGAGGCUCAGUUGGAAGUAAAAUUAAACGGUAUACCGGAAGGAAAAGUAUUAGUCGUUAAGUGGCGCGGCAAACCUGUUUUUAUUUAUCAUCGGUCGCAAUCAAUUAUCGAACAGGAAAGAGCGGUAAACCUAUCAGAAUUGCGUGAUCCAGAAACGGACAAUGACAGAGUGAAAAGAUCAGAGUGGCUGGUUGUGCUGGGUAUCUGUACGCACUUGGGAUGCGUACCGAUUCCAAACGCCGGCAUCAUACGUGGUGGUUUCUACUGCCCGUGUCAUGGCUCACACUUUGAUGCAGCCGGCCGUACACGGAAGGGCCCAGCAAUGACCAAUCUAGAGAUACCCCAAUAUACAUUCGUAGAUGACAAUAAUAUAAUUAUUGGGUGAUGCGUCUCCAAAUCGAUACGUAUCGAAUCCUAAUGAAUCUCCGUGAAGAAUAUAAAUUACAUAUUACGUCACUGUUUUUGUCCUUUCGCUCGAAUUAAUAAUUAUACGAAUGAAUAUAAUUUUGUACU